AUGCCUGUUUGGCUCAGUGGUAGUAGCGUCACGCUUCUUAUUGGCCUACACUGCUGUUUCGUUCGCGACCAACUCGACUCGACCCAAGAUCGCACGUUUGGCAGCUCGACAUGGCCGUUCGGAUAUCUUGCAGAGACGUCGACGAAGGCGCAGCCCAGAGACGUGAUUCGCUAUCCGUCGAGGACGGGAACAACUCCGCUCGAGGCUGAUGCAGCGAAUGAGGAGCUCGUCGAUGACUUGGUGACCUGCUGCGAUGCUUGCAGCCGUCCCUGGGAGUCACCCUCAUCGUCUAUGAUGGAGAUCAGGCUCGACAAGAAGACGACAGCCGCAUUCGACUCUCUGCCUUGCUCGACGAUGACUGACAAGCAGCGAGAGAGAGGUCGAUUGCCCGUCACAGGCUGGAACUGCGAUGGAGCUCAUCGCUAUCGCUUGGAGGCUCUCUUACUCGUCGUGGAACAGAAUGCGGUCGGCAAGCAAGACGACAUUCACGAUCAGAUCUCUGCUAGACCUGAGGACCGACGGACCUUGGAGGCCAAAACUUGCAACCUGGUCUAGGAACAGGGCACCCCGUCCGAGGUGAUGCAGCCUGUGAUGCAGCCUGCGAGCUAGUGACAGCAGUCUAAAUGCAUCUAGUUCAUUCUGAAC